AUUUGGUUAAGUCUUCCCAAUGGCCAAAGCAUAUCAUGUCAUGUCUUCAAUGCUCUCAUCAGUGCUGCUGAUCAUGGUGGCCCUCGAUUUCACAGCCGCGCAGACGGGCGUGUGCUACGGGACACUCGGGAACAACCUCCCGUCCGCGGCCGACACGGUGGCCCUUUACAACCAGUACAACAUCCGGCGGAUGCGAAUCUAUGACCCGAACCCGGCCACACUCCAAGCCCUCCGCGGCUCCCCCAUCGAGGUCAUCCUCGGCGUCCCCAACACCGACCUCCAGAGGCUCGCUGCCAGCCAAGCCAACGCCAACACCUGGGUCCAAAACAACGUCCGCAACUACCCCACCGUCCGCUUCCGCUACAUCGCCGUCGGCAACGAGGUCAGCCCGAUCCGCGACACCGCGCAAUACGCCUCCUUCGUGCUCCCCGCCCUCCGCAACGUCAACAACGCCAUCUCCGCCGCCGGCCUCGCCAACCAAAUCAAAGUCUCCACCGCCGUCGAAACCGGCCUGCUCGGGAACUCCUACCCUCCGGCCGACGGCGUCUUCCGAUCCGACGUCACCGGGUUUAUCAACCCAAUCGUCCGGUUCUUGGCCGACACCCGGGCCCCACUGCUCCUCAACCUUUACACCUACUUCUCUUACAUAGAUAACAAAGGGAGCAUCAGCCUCAACUACGCGCUCUUGCAGCCCAACAGCGGGGUGACUGUUCCGGGCGGGAUAAGGUACGAUAAUCUGUUCUACGCGAUACUGGACGCCACGUACGCGGCGCUGGAGAAGGCGGGGGGGUCGGCCGUGGAGAUAGUGGUCUCGGAGAGUGGGUGGCCAUCCGCGGGAGGAGACACGACGUCGGUUGAAUACGCGAGAAUCUACAACAACAAUUUGAUCCAGCGUGUGAAGAAUGGGACCCCGAAGCGACCGGGAAGGCCGAUUCAGACGUAUAUUUUUGCUAUGUACGAUGAGAAUCAGAAGGGGGGGCCGGAGAUUGAGAGGAAUUUCGGGAUCUUUCGCCCGAAUAGGCAAGCCAAGUACCCGAUCAGUUUCAAUUAGUUGAUGAAUAUGCAUGUGUAAUAAGGACUAUAUAUAGUCUCGUCUAUUUAAAUAAGGUUGGUUGCAUUUGCAAUUAUGUUUCGAGAAUAAAGUAUUGUAUGUAUACGCCGUUUACCACAAAUGCUAAUAAUAAUCAUCUGUUUAUCAUAAAUAGAUUGAUUUUCGCUGA